CGAACGAACUACCAGAACAAGUUAGUUCGGUCACACUGUAGCGCAGAUAAAUUACAUUUUGUUAACAAUUUAAAUUGUUAUUGAAAAUACGCGUAAACACACAAGAAAAUCAAUGCAGCUUCUGCUAAAAUAGGCCACAGCACUCGCCGUACUGCCACCGCAAUGUGUUGAGAGCAAAGUGCGUUCGGAAAUGCGAUUUUGCCAUAGGUCCGUCCACGACCCAAAACAAGAAAAAUUCGCAAACCGCCACAACGAAGUUGCAAUGCGCUGCAAUUGAGAAUUGAGGUAUUCCAUACAGCAUAUCAUAUCACCAGCAAAGCCACUAACUGUGCCGCCGCAUUCAAUCAUUGUGCUAACCGACAAACCCCAAUCGCCAAAUAGAACUGAAAAUGGCAUUUCUGAGCCCAAGCCAAUUGAGAACAUUCAUCUGUUACAAACACCGCGUGUUUUUGGCGUAGCGUGCAAAACAACGCUGUCAUCUGUCGAUAACUUUAUCGGCUGCCUUGUUUGUGCCCCUGUUAUCGCGCAAGGACUACGAGAGCGCCUGCCGCCUCGCUCGCCGAAAACCUUUCGCCAGUGGGUGGGUGGUGUGAAAAAAGUGCGUGCAGAAUUGUUUAUAGGCUAAGAAAACUGGCACCAGCAGCGCCCUGCACUAAUAACUAUUAUCGGCUAAUUUGGCUCGACUUGAACAGCUACGGUUCGCCUGGCGGCUGCAUAGGCAAUGUGACAGGACAUCCCAUGCCGUAUGCUUAUGUAGAGAAGGCUGUGCAUCCCCCUCCCUUGCGACGCGAAGUUAUCAGUUAUCAGGCACAUUCCGCCCCGAAGGCUGGACUGCUAGAUAGGUACAGGUACUGUCCAUGAUCUCAGGUCUUCCCUCCCGUGAGACAAGUUAGCCGAACGGACAACUUCAGUGAUAGAGAGCAAUAGCACAAUGGCCAACAACAAUCACCCGCACGGCCACCUCAGCCAGGCCGCCCAGAACCCAUCAUGGAACCCGCUGCAAAUACCAUCGUACAUUCCACGGCAGCCGCAACUCGCGCAUAUGUCGAACGAGCGGCCCAUGGUGCGCUCGCCCCUGGCCUGGCAUGCCUCCGUGUCCGCCCAGCCACCGCCGCCGCCAGAUGCGCUUUACAAUUUUAUGUCGGCCAAUCAUAAAAACCUGGAUCACCAUCAUCAAAUGAAUCCCUUGCUGGCGCCGCCAUACUCUGGAACCUUGCCAUUCGACUCCAUGGACCUCUCGUUGCAGUCCGCCCGCAGCGCGGCCCAGCCGCUGGCCAAGCAGCCACAACAAUCCCAGCAGCAGCCGCAGCAGCAGCAAUCCCUCAUGCAUGCCCCGAACUAUCCAACGAUCAGCCAAAACCUAGCGACAAAUGCAACGCCAACUAGCGCACAGCUGCAACAGCAGCAAGGACACCUCGCCGCUAUGGCAGCGGCCCAUGCCAUGCUGCAGUCGAGCAACCAGAAUGCAGCAUCUUCCUUAAUCCUCUCCAAUGGUAGCGAUUGUGAAUCUCUGCUACCACGGCCGCCAUCCACAGCUAACCUACCAACCGGCAGCAGCAGCAGCAACCAUACCAGCAGCAGCAGCAGUAACCAUACCGGCAGCAACAACAAUGUCCCCAGCCCGCACUAUAUGCAAAAUCGCGACGAGAACUUUAAAUUGUCGCAGCUAAAGCGCAGCUUCGAGCAGGAAGUGCUAUCUUCGAAGAGCAUGCAGAAGGACAAACUGUCGCCGCACAAUCUCCAACAUCAGCAGCAGCAAUCCCAGCAGCAUGCGAAUAAGAAACCCUCACCCUUGCGCAACUAUCAUCAGCAACAGCAGCAGCAGCUGCCGCCGUAUAACUUAACCCCAAAAUACAAUGGUCCCCAAACCCCGCCAACUCCGCAGUCGCCACUGGCCGGGCCUCAGCACCAGAUGCACUCUCCUACAAUGGACUACAAUCAGCUGCAUCUGCACCACCAGCUGAAUAGUGGAGUAGGUGGCAGCCACGGGGGAGGGGGCUACCAGCACAUGCAGCAAGAGCAGCCGCAGCCGCAACACUUGCACUAUCAUAAUCAGCAUGUGGGCAGUCAGAGUGUUUCGGCCGCUUCUCCUCUGCAUCCGCCACCGCCCCAUUUAGUUAGCUCUCAGUUCCACGCCCAACAGCAGAGCACAGCCCAGCAGCAGCUGCAGCAGGCGCCAUCAACGCCGCAACAGACGACACAUCAUUCCCGCAGCUCGCAACUGACGAAUCUAGAGUCGAUGGCCAAGCAGAAGACGCAGUCGGAGACGGAGAAUCAAACAGUUAUCACGGAUCUAUCCUAUCGGAAUGCGGCGCCUUCGUUGCCACCCGCUCCGGCGGUAGAGGUGGAUAAACCAGCAGUAACAGAUGCACCCGAAUCACCCUACCUGACCACAUCCAACGAGGAGUCGCUGGAGUCGAAUAGCAACAGCAGUAACAGCCGCAAAAGGCGCAAGCGGAAGUCCAGCCUCGUCAUGCGGGUCACACCCAAUGAAAAUGCGCCCGAGGGAGGAGGAGGAGGCGCCACCGCCAAGCAACAGCAGCCUGGAAACACGCCCAGUAAUCACAGCAACACCUGCAGUCCAAAGCAGUCGCCCAAAAUCGCAGGCUCCGACUUUCAACCCUUUGGCCUGCAGUCCGAGUCUCAGAAUGACAAGCAGACGAAGCAGGAGAACGGACGGGGAUCCUCGCCAUCACCCACGGAGAACAGCAACAGCUCCACGCUCUACAACGAUGAAAAUCCCAAGACGAAGAAGCAGCGGCAGGCCCUGCUCCAAAGAAACCUUACGGAGCAGCAGCGCAUCCACCACGAGGAUGAACCGCCGAUAAAGCACACUCCCCCGACCAUGCCACCACCGAGUCCCCAGAGCAACAGCAGCAGCAGCAGUUCGAGCAGCUCCAGCGGCAACACGCACAGCAGCCAUAGUAGUCAUGCUACUAGCAUGCCUAGCAACGAUGUACGUAGGCCAGAGAAGCCGGAGAACGAUGAAACCAAUGCCACUACCGACACGCCCGCGUCGCCAGCUCUCGUGGAGCAGGGAAACAUUGAUGCCAGGCCGGCGGUGAGUGUGCACGAGUGCGAUGAAGAAGAGGAGCCAGUGGGAGGUGCCACCAAGGAGCCAGAAUCACCUCAACUGGCACCAGUUAUUCCCUUGCCCCUGGAAGGUCCCGAUACAGCCGGCACAGCCACUCCACCAGCUAAGGAAACACCAACUGCGGCCAACUCUGAGCACUGUACGUUUGGAGAGGUAGAGGAUAAGCUGGAGGAGAUGUUUGCUGGCAUCGAAGAGGAGCCCGAACAGAAUGGCCCACCGGAGAAGCCUGCCCAUCCAGACGAAGACGCAGUGGCGCACGAUUUGAGUACUCAGCUGGCUCUGGACAGUGCCCAAGUUGAGGAUAAGCCUGCGGCAACGAGGACACCAGUGUCGGAUUCACCUGCAGCAAAUCUUCCACUCCUCAUCCCCGAGGUGCGACCCGUAGCCACUAAGGCAGCGAAGAAGUCCACCAUUCCCAGUCCCGUGCACAGCCCCACGCCAGAAACUCGCUCCACAUCAACGCCUUUGACUGGCACCGAGGACAUCAAGUCUCCUAGCAUCCUAACCCCUCCCAAGGGCACGACCUCCCGCCGGCUGCCACCACGAAGGCUCUCUAUGGGCAUGGAUGCUUCCCUGCUGCGUUUCAUGAUCGAUGAGCCUACAGGCAAGGCCAAAAAAGCCGGUGGCCGUGGCAGAAAGCGGGCAGCACCCGAGCCAGAGCUCGACAGCGAGGAUGAUAACAAGCCCAGUACCUCAGCAGCAGCAGCCGCGGCGUUGGCAGUACGCCAGCAAAACGAGGUGGCUGCCGCCAAAGCAGCGAUCCCCAAGGCCACAGCGACCAAGAAGAAGAACGCGGGGGGAAAGGGCAAGAAGGGGGCAGCGGUGAAGAGCAAGGCCAAGCCGAACGGAAAAAAGUCAAGCGCCGGCGGUCGCAAGCCGCCGACCACCGACGAGGACAGCACUCAGGCGCCAACGAAUGGAGGUGGAGGUGUUGAUCUACGGUUCAAGUCGCCCUUCAUACUGAUCAAACCAGACGGCAGCGUGAGCAUCAAGAACACACACAGCGCCGAGGACGUCAACGAGAAGCAGACCAAGGCCAAGAAGGCGCCCCACGAGAGAAAGAGUCUGCGCGGAAUGCACAGCUCCACACUGAGCAACCGCUACGAUGCGGACACCACCGACUCAACCUGGAUCUGUGUGUUCUGCAAGCGCGGACCGCACAAGAUGGGCCUGGGCGACCUCUUCGGACCCUACCUAGUGUCCAACGACUGUGACGAGUACCGAGCAGCUCUGCAGGCGCCCGGGAGCCAGGACUUCGAUGGCGUCUUCGUAAGCAAGCGCAGGCGGGAGGAUAUGGUUCAGCACCGACGUAACCUGCCCGCGGUGCCAGCCACGCUGGCACACAUCAUGCAGGGACCAAAGAUCAGCAUGCACAAGCGGAAGCGCAAGCACACCCACGACAGCGUCUACUCCUGCAGCGAUGAUCUUAACGAGUCGCAGUCCUCGCAGGAUCCGCUCGACUGCACCCAUGAGACCAAGUUCGUCGAGACAUUUCGGGGCAUGUGCAAGACCUCCGAGCACGGGUACGAGGUCUGGCUGCACGAGGAUUGCGCAGUGUGGACCAACGACAUCCAGCUGAUCGGCGCCCAUGUGAACGGACUGGAUGCCGCUGUGUGGGACAGCACGCGAUACCAUUGCGUCGUCUGCUCCCAGACGGGGGCCAGUGUGUGCUGCUUCCAGCGGUGCUGCAAGGCGACUGCCCAUGUGCCCUGUGCGCGCUCCUCCAACUGGACUCUGGACGAGCAGGAUCGCAAGGUCUUCUGCCAGAUGCAUGGGCAGUCAGAGUCACAGACGCAGUCACAGCCACAGCCACAGCCGCUGGAGGUCUUCAAAGCUGAGCCUGUGGCAGCAGCUCCGCCAGCAGUUGCCCCACCACCCAGGUUCGAUGUCAAUUCGCUUCCCUGAGUACGAGUUCGCGUCCGGGACUGCCUCCUGAUCGCCAAGCGUUGAGCGCAGCCUCUGCCUCUGGCUUACCCCGAAUCCGCUGCCCUGUCUACCGCAGCCUUCACAUAGGCUUUGUAAAUAAGUUUCCCGGUCCGGGGGCGUUUCGUAAUCGCAUUAGAAGUGUUUUGUACAAAUCCGCUGUACAUUUGACAAGCUUUGACGCACAGCACAGAUGAUAUCAAUCAAUGCGUCUCUAUGCUCUAGUUAGAUUCCUUUCGCAAGUCCUUAGUUGUCUAUACUUAAAUUAUUCUUUCGAAGUCCACAGACGCGCCAGCACUGUGUCCCCCCUUACAUUAGUACCUUUUAGUUUAAAUUAAUUUAAUGUCCCUCCCACAUCAUCACGUAUGCCAAUUGAUUAUUUAAUUCAGUUGAAUGUCCUGUCCUCCCUGCCAUACGAUAGCGCAGAAAAUGGAUACAUACAUACAUACUUACCGACGAGUAUAUAUGCAAUUUUCACAGCAUUCAUUCAUUUCACUGGAGUGUUGAGGUGGGCAGCAAUGUAGUGUAGGGUUUAAAUAGAAAUGAGAGAACAUUCGAAGCCCUAUUCAAAAUGGAAAACAAUUGUAAAACAAUAUAAUUCUAAAGUAUAAAUAAUAUUAAUAAUUAUAAUUAUAUUAAUGGUAAGUUAAUCGUAUAAAUAGAACCUUGUAUUGUAUUCAUACAUGCUAAGAACUGUACGUAUAUUGAUGAUAACUUUUAAUUCUAAACGUAUAAACAAUAAAAACUUAAU